AUGGCGGGUGACAUCAAGCUGAGAAAUUUGUCACAAAAAGCGCACGUUACCAUCGUUGCAAUAUUCAUGUUCGUUGUUUGUCAGAACAAUUUUGAAUUUGGACUCGGAUUUAUUGAAAUUGCGUCAAAGUCGGUGUUAUCAGGAGAAUGUGAAGAUUAUAAUGGAAAUUUCAUGGCAGAUUUGGAUGAAACAAAAUCAUCAAUUGGGGCUUGUGAUGCUAAAAUCUGUCACAGAAAGACAACUGGAAACUAUUUUGUAACGCUUAGCUGCCAUCCGGAUACCCCAGACCUGGACAAUGGAAACUGUUGGAUAGUACAGGACACUGGUGCAAUCUUUCCAAACUGUUGUCCCACAGUAUCCUGUGGAAAUGGGACAGCGCCCACUACUGUCGACCCUAACUCUUGCUAUGAUAGACACACCACCAGAUCCUGUGAAAUUUGGUCAAACCUGACCAAUCACUGCACUGACUUCUCAGAAUACGCUAUACAGAACUACACUUCAAUAUACUGCAGGCAUACCUGUGGAGCAUGCAGUUCUGGAUGACCAGACAGACAACUCAAACAACUGAUCUUGUGAUGUAACAGAUCCUGCUUUUCAAAAC